AUGUCCGCAGCACAGACCGACGACAACAUCUCCUCCAUCGCGCCCGGCUCCUCGACGGCCGCGCCGCCGCCCGGCGCGGCAGGUGCGCCGUCGGCGCUCGACUCGCUGCGCACCUUCUCGCCGCGCGCUGAGGCUGCGCGUCUGAGCGCCGGACGCAUGCCAUGUGCGCGCAAGAGCCUGCUCUUUGGCAUCGGCACGGGCUUGGGCGUGACGGCCGUCGGCGCUAUCGCCGGACGAGGACUGCGGCCAGCAGCGAAUUGGGGCGUAGGUGCCUUCGUGCUGAUCAGUCUGACGAGCUGGGAGUCAUGUAGGAGAUCGCUGGCAGCCGAAGCCGAGCGGGUGCGCAUCAUGAUCGACAACCACUCUUCGCGGCGGCGUCCGCGCUCGGCGCAGGAUGAGGGUCCCGCGACUGCAGCGGGGCCUGGGCAAUGA